CAUAAUAUUAUGUUCAACAUAAUAUAACGAAAACCAAAAUAGAAAGAGUUUGCAUACUUCAGUAUGCAAACCUCAUUAUUAGAGAAAAAACGAACUAAAUAUAAGAAAAAAGUUAACCGUGAACAAAAAAAAAAAUACAGAAGUAAAAUUAUCGAUAAAAAUGAAAAGGAUAAUCUUCAUAAAAAAAAAAUGGAAGCAUCAAGACAGCCUAAGAAGAUAACCAAAGAUCUACAAACAAUAAUUAUUUCUGCCAUAGAUCCUUAUGAUGCUCCUUUGCAAUGGUGGGAAUCAGAACACGUAAGAUAUGCAAUAAAUUAUCCACCGGUAAAAUUUCGAUUAGAAAAAGUAAUGGGAACUCAUAUUGUGCGAUUAACUGAUCGCAAAUAUAUGUUACUUUUCGCAGCUAAGCUCUUGGAGAAUCAUUUAGAGCAACAAGAAAUUCGCAUUGAGAAUAGAAAACUGUCAUUACCCUCGAUUACGUCUUGCUUAUUAAAAGUGUCUUAUAAAAUGCUUUCUGAAAAAAUUCAUUAUCCUAGAUAUCGUAAGUUAAAAUUUUUUAUGUAAAAAGCAUUUGUAAUUAUCAUAAAUUUAUAUAACGGG